GAUGAAAUAUGGAAAUUGAGAAUGGAGUGCAAGUAAAAGUAUUAUUUUUUGCACGUUCCAAAGAAUUGGCCGGUACAAGAGAAACAACAAUACGCUUGCCCACAAAAAUAAGUUAUGAACAAUUAUUAAAUUUAAUAGCCGUUAACUUUAAUUUGGAGACUAUUAAAAAUAACAUAUUGCUGGCAAAAAAUGAGGAAGUUUGUUCUGAAAAUAUAGAUAUAGAAAUAAGAGAAAGUGAUAAAAUUGCUGUUAUCCCACCCCUGAGUGGGGGUUAAUAUUUACAUAUAUUUUUUUAAAUACAUAGCAAUGGAUCAUCUUAAACUGACUGUGGAUAAACUAUCUGUUGAUGCCGUUAGUGAUUUAGUUGUGGAUGAUAGAUGUGGAGCUGUAUCUCUAUUUGUUGGGACCACAAGAGAUAAUUUUGAUGGGAAAAAGGUGUUAAGGCUUGAAUAUGAAGCAUAUGAAACUAUGGCCUUGAAAUCGAUGAAGAGUAUUUGUGAUGAUGUCAGGAUAAAGUGGCCGGCUGUUCAUGGCAUUGCAAUUUAUCAUAGGUUAGGCAACGUGCCAUGUAGGGAAGCGUCGGUGGUGAUAGCGGUGAGCAGUCCGCAUAGACGGGACUCCCUGGACGCGGUGUCCUACUGCAUCGACCAGCUAAAGUCCAACGUGCCGAUAUGGAAGAAGGAGGUUUACGAAGGAGCGGAGCCGGUUUGGAAGGAGAAUGUCGAAUGUAAUACACCAGAUUCACAGACAACACAGUCGACCAUAGAAAAUCCCAUAGACAAGAACUUAAUACAGAUUAAUGUGUCGAGUGAAGAACUUCAACAGCGUAUACAAAAUUUCAUACAGAGGAAGAGAGAUCAAGUUAAUAUAAGUAACAUACACGACUUUAUUCCGUCGAAAAGUGAGAAUGAAACGGAAGAUAUAGAGACAUGUGCAAGAGUGAGAACGCAGUUCGUCAAACGAACGGAUUCUAAGGGGCAUUUGAAAAUUUGCAGAGUACACAAUGAGUGGGGUCCGCAAACUGUAUCCAUGGAUCAUCAACCUCCAAUUAAAACUGAGGCAGGCUUGCCCGCAGCCAUCGCAGAGAGAGUGCUGGCCAUCGAGUCGUAUCUCAACACGGGACCCGUGGCACCGGAUAUAUACAAACGGCUGAAGGACAUGGAAGAUAAGAUUGCUUGUUUGCAGUCUAUCUCACCAGAAUAUUCCCAUUUUUGGAGAAAUAAGCGGGAACGUCAGGAAAUUAAACAAGAGCUGCAAGUGGACUACGCGUUCUCGGCUGACGACAUCGCCAAGAAAAUAGAAAUGCUCGAGAAGCAAAACAAUUGUUAAACGAUGAUUUUAUCCUUAUGUAUCAUUUUACAAGUACUUAGGGUUGAAAGUCGCAAAAUUUAAAGUACAUUAAUGUUUAUUUUUUAUCUUAUUUUGUAUAAUUUCAUCUCUCCAUUAGUAAAAAUGUAUUGUAUCAGAUGAAAUUCUGACAUGUUUUAUUUAUUACUUCAGGCUGUUUCUGUUAACUCAUACUAGACAACCCAUACUAUAUGAGAUAUGAUAGGAUAUCGCGUGUGAGGAGGUUUUAGACUUUAUACCGUAACAAACAAAUAAACAAACUUUCGCAUUUAUAAUAUUUAGGAUAAUGAAACAGGGUGCUACAGUCUUUAUACAAAACUUAUUUAUAUUCAAAAAACAUAUUCUACCACUCUUCUAGUGUUUACGAGACACGAUAUGAAUUUAAAACCGGACAAGACCUUUAAUCUUUGUGUAAAUCGUGUUUCAAAUAAAAAUUGAAUGGCGUAUUUUUUACUUCUUGAAAAUUGUUUACCUAAUAUUUCAUAUAUUCGCUCGCUUAGGUAAGGGGGAUGUUGGUAUUAGGGGAGCGUUUGUUAUAUUAAAAGUAGCCUAUGUCCUUCCUCGGAGCCAAGCUUGCUUCAUACCAAGUUUCAUCAAAAUCGGUUUAGUAUCUAGCCGUGAAAAC